AUGGACUCGAACCGGUCGACGACGCAAGCGGUCGCCGCCAACCAAGACGCCAACGUCGCGCGGCGCGAGCGGCUCCGGCGACUGGCGCUGGAGACAGUGGACCUCGUGGCAAACCCAAAUAUCCUCGUCCAACAACUCGUCGGCUUUGAGUGCCGGUUGUGCGCUUCCUGGCAUGCCAAUGAAGCACAAUACAUGGCGCACACGCGUGACGCAGGGCACCAGUACAACCUCUUGGCGCGUACGUCGGCUGACCGGAUGCUGCCUCCAGGAAGGCCGCCGAUGCGGCGACCGACGACCUACACGAUGACAACACGGCGCGACCCCGAUACGCAAGCGAACAUUGCGCAUAUUCAAGUCUUUUGUCCAUGGAGCCAGGGCGAUUUUGAGUGCAAGGUCGAUUCGGAUGGCGACAAGCAGUACCUGCGCGCGCAUUGCACUGGGCAUGAGGUCGUCGAUAUCGAUCUAUCGCAUCAUGGCGUCAUUGUCUCUCGCGUGGCAUCCUGGGACGAGCUCAGCAAGACGCUGACCAUUGACGUUACGUUUGGCACUUUGUAA